AUGACGGUAGGACGUACCAAGAUCAAGGUGACCCUCGCGGGAUCGCUGGUAUACUAUUUCAAUGUAUGGGUAGGCGAUCUGGCAGGGCAAGAAGCGAUUCUGGGUAUGGAUUUUAUGGUGCCUGCUGGAGUGCGGCUCGAUCUAGCGGAUGGCGCGCUAUAUCUACCAGAAGAAAUCCGCAUUCAUCUCGCAGGACGUCGCCCCGCGUACGGAUCGAAGAUACAACAUAUAACGGCGAAGGACCAACACGUGGUGAUCCCGGUCGGAGAGUCAAGGGAAGUGAAGAUCGGGAUCGGAGGGGCUAAGAUGAAGUUGUGGGUCGCUAGAGGACUAGAUUGGGUCCCCACUGUGAUCUCGGGGUGGGGUAAGACGAAAUACCUGCAGAUGACCAACAUUGGCGACCGGGAGAUCAUACUGCCCACCCACACUAUAUUAGGCAUGUGGGUCGAAGGCGAUAUGGUACCGCGGACCCAAGAUUUGGUGACAGUCGGGUCGGGGAAGUACAAGGAAUGGCAAACUCUGGCAUAUGAGGCUACAACGGAUCGAGUGAACGAACUCCCGAAAGAACCGAUCGGACCAUUGAACCUGUCUCCGGCGAUCUCCACGGUAACGUCGCAAGCUAACGAUGGCGAUUCGCAAAAGGCAGAUGCUGUAGUUGCGAGUGAAGUAACGGUCAGGGGAGCCGAACUAUCGCGGAUGGAGAACGGUCAUGAGAUCGGUACCCAACAUGCAACGAAGGGAGACCGCGACACCGGUCAAGAAGGGCUACGUGACAGAUCGUCUCUACCGAAGGCUGAGCCGACUGACCGACUGUUGAAAUUGGGCCAGCCGGAAGAGACGAAGGAGCCUAAAGAAGAAAUAAUGCUAAAUACUGAAGACGUCGAGAUUGCAGAAAUACCAGUUUAUCACCACGAGAGCGGAGAUUUGUUUGCGGAAGAUAUCGAGCAGCAUAUGGCCGUGCUACCAGAGAUGUCGGCGACUACGGAAGAAGUUACGAUUGAGGACAUUCAGAUCGGUGAUCCCGAUGUGCCUCUCACCACAGAUCAACAACGGCUCAGAUUGCUGAUCUGGAAGAGCCGUCACCUCUUCAUGGGUAAAGGUAACGCUCUACCACCAGCAGCACGAGGCGCGAUCUGUGAUUUUGAUGUCGGUGGGGCAGCACCGAUAGCGCAAAGAGUGCGUCCGGUCGCACCCAAAUAUCGGGAGAAGCUGUCAGAUCUCAUCAAAGGACUAUUAGCAGCCAAAAUCGUUCAGCCAUCCACGUCACCUUGGGCGUCUCCGAUAGUGGUGAUCAUCAAGAAGAACGGAGUGGAUAUUCGCCUUUGCAUUGAUUAUCGAAUAGUUAACCAGCUGACGCGUCUGACGGUUUAUCCCAUGCCGUUGAUCAGCGAUCUGUUGGAAGAUCUGGAUAAAGUCUAUGGUACUGUUCGCUAG